AUGUUCGAUCAUAAUCGUGCAAGAGCUAGUGCUGGUUCCUCAAAGGCUUCAAAGGAUGCAUCAUUAACUCCUCUAAGAACACCAACUAUGGCUUAUAAGAAGGAAAAGCAGAUGCAUUCUGCAUUGACCCCAUUAACAGAAAAGAAAAGAAACAAAAUGAGAUCCCCAAUGAUAUCCUCACCUUUCAGCUUGAGGACAGAAGAAAGGGCUGCAAGAAGAAAGAAGAAACUUGAAGAAAAGUUCAAUGCCAAUGAGGCACAAAAAGUGCAGCUUCAUACAAAACUCAAGGAAAAAGCAGAGACAGAGAUCAGAAAACUUUGCCAAAGCUUUUGCUUCAAAGCAAGGCCACUACCUGAUUUUUACAAGGAAAGGAAAGAAUCAAACAAGGAGACACAGCAGGAUAUACAAACACAAUCUGAAUCAAGAAAGGCUAUACUUCUCAGAGUCAGAGACCUUACAAUGGCAGUGGCACCAUUAAGAAUUUCCUGGAAAAGACUCAGCACCGCACCUUUGCUCAUCAUCUGA